AUGACCAACUCUACUUGGGUUAUUAUUCGUGCGUCAUUAGAGACGGUUGGUAAAUUAGUGUUAGUGGGGUUGUGUGGUUAUGUUAGUGCCAAACGUGGGUUUUUAACAAAACCUGCUCUUGCGGCAUUGUCUAAAGUUACAUUUACAUUUCCUAUGUUUUGUACAAUUGUAACUCGUCUUUCAUCCUCUGUAGAUAAUCCAAAAGAUAUUUUAAAUUGGUGGCCUUUGUUAGUGUCAUGUUUUUCAUUAAUUGCUAUUGCUGCAUUUUUUAUGAGAGGAAUUGCAUUUGUUUCAAAAAUGAGUACCAAAGAUGCAAGAGUCUUUGUACAUACAUUUUCUUUUGGAAAUCCUACUGUUAUCGCAUUGGCUAUCAUUGAUUCACUUACAACAGAUACAACAUUGUUUGGGGAAGGUACUGCUGCACAACAAGCAAAGAAAAGAGGAAGUGCAUAUAUUUCAACACACUUAUUUAUGUUUUCUUUAUUAUUUUGGAUUCUUGGAUAUAUCUACAUUAAUUUAAAUAAAACAAAUGAUGAAGACACACUUCCAUUAAUACAACCAUCUAAAACACCUAAUGAAAUACCAAAUGAUCAUAAAAAUGAUGAUAAACCAAAAGAACAAGUAUUUGAAGAAAAUCCUCAUUGGUAUGACCCUGUUAUCAAUAACAUUAAACUUAUAUGGAAUUUUAUAGUAAAGAUAUGGGAUGUGAUCACUGAAUUUGUUUCUAAACAAUGGAACAAAUUACCUAAAAUGGUUAGAGAAAUUAUUAGUAAAUUAUUUAAUCCUGCUUUCUUAGCUGUCUUUUUUGGAAUGUUAUUCUUAUUUGUAAAACCAUUAUAUAAUUUCUUCUUCACAGGGCCAUUAAGAGUUGUAGGAAAUACGAUGAAAGUAUUAGACCAAGCAACAGUACCUUUAUGUUUAAUGAUUGUUGGUGCAAAUAUGGCAAGAGGACCAGUAGCGUCAGGUGUAAGUCCAUGGACAAUUAUGUCAGGUAUUGUUAUGAAAUAUGCAAUUCUUCCAUUUGCAUUUGUUAGUGUUAUUUAUCUUUGUUAUUUGUAUAACAUUUUCAUUGAUGAUCCUGUCUUUGUUUUAAUUAUGUGUAUUGAAACUGCAACACCACCUGUAUUUAAUACUAUAGUCUUGUGUACUCUUGCUUAUCCUAAAGGGAAUAAAUUGGUCGCGUCUUUAACGUUUUGGGGGUAUCUCAUUGAUAUUGUAACACUAACAGUAGUUGUAGCUGUUACAUUAUUAUUAAUCCAAGAUGAUCUUAACGUGAAUUAA